GGCAGUCGCUCACCGGUCACCUCGCCGACGCGAUGGCGGUCCCGGGCUCCCUGGCCGAGUGUGGCUACAUCCGGACGGUGCUGGGCCAGCAGAUCCUGGGACACCUGGACAGCUCCAGCCUGGCCCUGCCCUCCGAGGCCAGGCUGAGGCUGGUGGGCAGCAGCGGCCGCGGCGACACGGCGGCCCGGAGCCAGCGGAUCCAGGAGCAGGUGCAGCAGACCCUGGCCCGCCGGGGCAGGAGCUCGGUGGUCAGCGGGAAUCUUCACCGAACCAGCAGUGUCCCUGAGUAUGUCUACAAACUGCACUUGGUUGAGAAUGACUUUGUUGGAAGGCGAUCACCUGUCACCAGGGACUAUGACAUGCUAAAGUCUGGAAUGAGUGCCACUUACGGAAGUCGCUGGGGGAGAGGGACAGCACAAUACAGUUCCCAGAAGUCAGUGGAGGAGAGGUCCUGGAGGCAACCUCUGAGGAGACUUGAGAUUUCCCCAAAUAGCAGCCCUGAAAGGACUCGCUAUGCCCACAGUGAAUACCAGUUUGCCUGGCGGAGCCAGGGCCAGGUGCCCGGUGGGCGCCUUACCCUGCCACGCUAUGCACGCUCAGAGAUCCUGAGCCUUCGCCAGGCGGGCACCGUCCGCAGGCCACCCGUGAGCGGGUCGUUCAGCGAUGCUGUCUUCGACAAUGGUCCACUCAACCCCACGAUGCCUCCCCAUCCACCAGGCACCAGCCACAGCGCAGGGAGCCUGCUGGAAGAGACCGUGCGCGUGACCCAGGCUCGGCCUCUGGGCGCACAAAGCAGAACCGCCCGCUCUUCCUGGCCCCGAAGCUCAGUCCGCAGCACCCUGCAGGACCCAGGGAGGUUGCUGCCUACUGCGGGCCAGGCAGCUGUGGGCAGCGGGGAUGCGCACCGGGAGAGGAGCACCUUCACUGAUGUCCAGCUCGGGAAUCCAGACGUGGAGAUGACCUUGGAGAGAGCUGUUAACAUGCUCGACGCAGACCGCGUACCACUGCCCAGGAUUUCUGCCGCAGCCACGUUUAUACAGCAUGAGAGCUUCCAAAAGUCCGAAGCCCGGAAAAGGGUUAAUCAGCUCCGAGGCAUCCCUAAGCUGCUGCAGCUGCUCAAGGUCCAGAAUGAAGAUGUCCAGCGGGCUGUGUGUGGGGCCUUGAGGAACUUGGUUUUUGAAGACAAUGACAACAAGUUGGAGGUAGCUGAGCUGAAUGGAGUACCUCGCCUACUCCAGGUGCUGAAGCAAACCAGAGACUUGGAGACAAAAAAGCAAAUAACAGGUCUGCUCUGGAACUUGUCCUCUAACGACAAGCUCAAGCAUCUCAUGAUAACAGAAGCCUUGCUCACCCUGACAGAGAGUGUCGUCAUCCCCUUCUCGGGGUGGCCCGAAGGAGACUACCCCAAAGCAAAUGGCUUGCUGGAUUUUGAUAUAUUCUACAAUGUCACUGGAUGCCUAAGAAACAUGAGCUCAGCUGGUCCUGAUGGGAGGAAGACAAUGAGAAGAUGUGAUGGGCUCAUUGACUCGCUGGUCCAUUAUGUCAGAGGAACCAUUGCAGACUACCAGCCGGACGAUAAGGCCACAGAGAACUGUGUGUGCAUUCUUCAUAACCUCUCCUACCAGCUGGAGACAGAGCUCCCAGAGAAGUAUUCCCAGAGUAUCUACGUGCAGAACCGGAAUAUCCAGACCAACAGUAACAAGAGUACCGGCUGCUUUGGCACUCGAAGUAGGAAAGUAAAAGAGCAAUACCAAGACGUGCCAAUGCCCGAGGAGAAGAGCAGCCCCCGGGGCAUGGAGUGGCUGUGGCAUUCCAUUGUGAUAAGGAUGUAUUUGUCCUUAAUUGCCAAGAGUGCCCGAAAUUAUACCCAAGAGGCCUCAUUAGGAGCGCUCCAGAAUCUCACAGCAGGAGGUGGCCCGAUGCCCACAUCCGUAGCUCGGAUGGUUGUCCAGAAGGAAAAUGGCCUCCAGCACACCCGGAAGAUGUUGCACGUGGGUGAUCCCAGUGUGAAAAAGACUGCCGUCUCCCUGCUGAGGAAUUUGUCACGGAAUCUUUCUCUGCAGAAUGAAAUUGCCAAAGAAACUCUACCAGAUUUGGUUUCCAUAAUUCCCGACACAGUCCCAAGUAUUGACCUUCUCAUCGAAACUACAGCCUCUGCCUGCUACACACUGAACAAUUUAGUGCAGAAUAGUUACCAGAAUGCACGAGACCUCCUUAACACCGGAGGCCUGCAGAAAAUUAUGACCAUCAGCGCAGGAGAAGGCUAUGCCCCCAACAAGGCCAGCAAAGCAGCUUCUGUCCUUCUGUACUCUCUGUGGACACAUACAGAACUCCAUAAUGCCUACAAGAAGGCUCAGUUUAAGAAGACAGACUUUGUCAACAGCCGGACCACCAAAGCCUACCACUCCCUUAAAGACUGACAAAGGUGGAAAUAAAUUUGGAAAUUUCAGCUUCAGGGUUCCCCACUAUAACCCCCCCCCCAAAGAAAACACCUAUUUUUCUACUAACUGACCCAAGAAACCUCAGAAAGCAUGCUUUGUUUAUAUUCUUUUGUAUUUCUAUCCCCAAAGUCUAGAAGAUGAAUAAUCACGAUAUAAUUUGUUUAGGCAUCCUUAAGACUUCUACAAGGUCUGUUGUGCCCUGUAGAGCUCACGGACACCAUCGUCCACGCUCACAUACAUGUGGGUAACAGCCAAGGAGCACCUGAGGAAAGACCUGUGUGGCUAGACUUUUAAAGUGUGCUUGACAUUUCUGUCCUUUGUCUGGGCUUCCUUCUGGUCCCUCGUCUGCAUGUUACUCCAUUAUUGAACCACAGGCGUGUGUUCACCAUACUGAACAGGACAGAGAUGACAAGAAUAAAGCUUUGGUGACAA